CAAAAUCGAUCAUAACUAAGCCAAAAGAGGAUCAAAGUCAAUUUGGAAAGCUUUUCUGUGCUAGUCUGUACAAAAAGUCUGUGCAAUCAGCGUCAACUCCAAAUGAAAUUCGAAUUCAGAGCAAACACGACGACUAAUUAAACUUUGUGCCGAUGUCCACAACGAUGACCAAAUGCAACAGCCCUUUCGCCGAGUCAACAUCUACGUCACCCUGCUGUUGAUAACCGAGGCUCUGAUCGGAGUGCUGAUGCUGGCGGUGACCACCUACUACCACAAGCUUUUUACAGGUUACUUGUCGCAGAUCGAGUGCCGACUGGUUUACGGCUACCUGUUUGGGGUGUACAUGUUCGGCGCCCAGUUGGCGGUGAUCUUUCUUUGCAGCAUCCUGAUGUGGCGGCGACUAUGGAAGCGCCGCUGCACUCCCAAUGUGCGCCUGCUCCUGGACGUGUGGCUCUUCUACUCCUGCGUAAUAAUUGCAGCCGGCUUCGGGUGCGUGUGGAUCAUUUACCGGGGCGUUGAUGUGCUGGAGAAUGCAGCGGAGACGUCUCUUAUCCGAGGCAUAGACAUGUACUACUCUUGUCCGGAGUGGAAGCUCCUGUGGGACAGCUUGCAAUGGGAUAAGCAGUGCUGCGGCGUUCAUAGCUAUAAGGAUUGGGCGAACGCCGAUUGGAUGCCGAGGCGGGAGGAUAACUGUUCGUCUUCGGUCCUGGCACCAUAUACAUGCUGCAAGCGAUCCUGUGAGAGCUGCUUUAACCACUUCCUACCAGGCGCUGGUCAGUCGUCCGGCUACGGCAGUGGCCGUCAGCAACCGUUUCCCCCACUCGCUGUGAACUCUAUCAACGUGGAUGGGUGUUUACCGGUGUUUAGCCGUGCUGUGUGGAAUUACUUGUAUAUCCUGCUCGGACUCUGGGUUAUGGCUCUGAAAUUUCUGAUUACAAUCUGCUGUUUGACCAAGUACAUCCUCACCAAACAGAACUUGGGGAAUGGCUGCUCCAACAUGGGUCUUACCGAUGACGAUGGAUAUCCGCUGGUCGUGGUGAAAUACCCCCCUAAUGUGCGCUGUGUGACAAUUUCCGAGGACGAUCUAGCCUCCGAUAAUGCCCCCGAAGUCAAGUACUGCAACUGCAGCGAAUUGGAUGAUGAACAACAUGAUUACUAAGCUGUUAUUUUAUUAUUUUCGUUAGAAUUUAUGUAUAUUUUUUAUAUUAAUUUCGAUGAAUUCAAGCACG